AGAAGAAACCGAAUCUCUCUUUUACUGAACAGGACACCCGUAAGCAUGGAAGACACUUACUGAGGCAAUCACGGAGAGAUACGCGUUUAUACCGACUAUGGCUGUAGACGCUGCAUCCAGCUUCAGCUUCUGUCGGACUGCACUGGAGCACACGGUCUCAUCAGGAGAGUUAAACUAUCAGCUGCCACGGAUGGCUGGGGGAAACCUUACCUGGUAUGAGGGCAGAGGACAGAGGGUGACAAGGAGGACUGUCAAACUGCUACAGCAGCCGGGCACAGAGGGAAUACAGAUCCAGCCAGGUGAGCCCUUCACUGUGUACCACACCAGCCCGACGCUCUCUAGCUUAUGUAAACCCGUGGUGCUGUGGACCCAGCAGGACGUGUGCAAGUGGCUGAAGAAACACUGUCCACACAACUAUCUGACCUAUGUGGAGGCCUUCUCUCAUCACGCCAUCACAGGUCGUGCUCUUUUGAGGUUGAAUGGGGAGAAGCUGGAGAGGAUGGGUAUUGUACAAGAGACUCUGAGACAGGAAGUGUUGCAGCAGGUCCUACAGUUGCAGGUCAGAGAAGAAGUACGCAACCUACAACUGCUCAGCAGAGCUUCCUUUGGAAACCUGUCUUAGCUCGUGUAUCUUUUUGGCAGCUCCCUCCACUUACCAACGGGAACAGGAGUCCCUGUUCCAAACUGAUAGAGAUUGAGACAGAAG